AUGGAUGCAGAUAAACCAUCCGUCUGGGGCUCAUUAAAGCAGCGGACCAGGCCUUUGUUGAUCAACCUGAGCAAGAGGAAGCUGAAGAAGACCUCGAGCAAAACCCUGGAAUUACGGGCCCAGCAUCACCUGGACCGCCGCCUGAGCCUGUCCGUCCCGGACCUCCUGGAGGCUGAGGCCCUGGCCUCCGAGGGGCGGCCUUACUGCGGCCCCCAGUCAUCCUACACCUCGGUGCCCAGCAGCCUGUCGACGGCUGGCAUCGUUCCCAAGAGCAGCAGUAGCUCUUUGAAACAGUCUGAAGAAGAACUGGAUUGGAGUCAGGAAGAAGUGGGCCCCUUCCACAUGGAAACAGACUCUGAGGAGACCUUCACGUCUCCUGCCGAGGACAGGAGGGCUUCCAGCAACGGCACCUUGGGUCUGCUCCAGAAAACGCCCCCUGGAGAGGAUGCCUCUGAAGGGCCAGAGAAGCUCUGUGGAAGUGGGGAUCUGAAUGCUGCUCUGACAUCUCAGCAUUUCAAAGAGCAAUCUGGUCUCAGGGAAGCUGGCGAUGGCUUGAGUAACCUGCCCAGCCCUUUUGCCUACCUCCUCACCAUCCACCUGAAGGAAGGUCGGAACCUGGUGGUCCGGGAUCGCUGUGGCACGAGUGAUCCCUAUGUGAAGUUUAAGCUGAAUGGGAAGACCCUGUACAAAAGUAAAGUCAUAUAUAAGAACUUGAACCCAGUUUGGGACGAGAUAGUCGUGUUGCCAAUACAAAGCCUUGAUCAAAAGCUGCGUGUGAAGGUAUAUGAUCGAGAUUUAACUAUAUCUGAUUUCAUGGGUUCUGCAUUUGUCAUUUUGAGCGAUCUUGAGCUUAACAGAACGACUGAGCAUAUCUUAAAAUUGGAAGAUCCAAACAGUUUAGAGGAUGACAUGGGAGUGAUCGUAUUAAAUUUGAACCUAGUAGUAAAACAGUGUGAUUUCAAGAGACACCGUUGGUCAAAUCGGAAGCGGUUAAGUGCCAGCAAGUCCUCUUUGAUACGCAACCUCCGGCUCUCAGAGUCCUUGAAAAAGAACCAACUCUGGAAUGGGAUUAUAAGUAUAACUUUGUUGGAAGGAAGGAAUGUCUCAGGCGGAAGCGUGGCAGAGAUGUUUGUCCAGUUAAAACUGGGAGAUCAGAGGUAUAAAAGUAAGACACUGUGUAAGAGUGCAAAUCCGCAGUGGCGGGAACAGUUUGACUUUCACUACUUCUCUGACAGGAUGGGCAUUUUGGACAUUGAAGUGUGGGGAAAGGACAGCAAAAAGCACGAGGAACGUUUGGGCACGUGUAAAGUGGAUAUCUCAGCCCUCCCACUCAAGCAAGCCAACUGCUUGGAGCUGCCACUGGAAAGCUGCCAGGGGACCCUUCUGAUGCUGGUCACCCUCACGCCCUGUUCAGGGGUCUCAGUCUCAGAUCUGUGUGUGUGCCCCUUGGCAGACCCCAGCGAGAGAAAGCAGAUCGCCCAGCGCUUUUGCUUACAGAACUCCCUGAAAGAUAUGAAGGACGUCGGCAUUUUACAAGUGAAGGUUUUAAAGGCGGUAGAUCUCUUAGCAGCGGAUUUCUCAGGGAAGAGCGAUCCCUUUUGCUUGCUGGAGUUAGGAAAUGACCGACUUCAGACACAUACCAUUUACAAAAACCUCAACCCUGAGUGGAACAAAGUUUUUACAUUUCCCAUUAAAGAUAUCCAUGAUGUUUUGGAAGUGACAGUGUUUGAUGAAGACGGAGAUAAACCUCCUGAUUUUCUUGGAAAAGUUGCCAUUCCCUUGCUGUCAAUUCGAGAUGGACAAACAAACUGUUACGUGCUAAAGAAUAAAGAUUUAGAACAAGCUUUUAAAGGAGUUAUUUACUUGGAGAUGGACCUCAUAUAUAAUCCGAUCAAAGCAAGUAUUCGGACCUUUACUCCCAGAGAAAAGCGGUUUGUUGAAGAUGGCCGCAAGCUGUCCAAAAAGAUCUUAUCCAGAGAUGUAGACCGAGUGAAGAGGCUCACCAUGGGUAUAUGGAAUACAAUACAGUUCCUUAAAAGCUGCUUCCAGUGGGAGUCCACGCUGAGAAGUACAGUAGCAUUCAUGUUGCACUGGGUCUUCCUUGCUGCCCGUGAGCAUUCUCGAGUUGCAGCGGAUGGGAAUUGCGCUCUUGUGGGGGCUUCUGUUGUGUUUCUAGUCGCUGUCUGGAAUUUUGAACUCUACAUGAUCCCUCUGGCUUUAUUGCUGCUCUUUGUGUACAAUUCCAUCGGACCCACAAGAGGGAAGGUGGGCAGCAUCCAGGACAGCCAGGAGAGCCCUGAUGUGGAUGAGGAGGACGAUGAAGAUGACAAGGAAUCUGAGAAAAAGGGCUUAAUUAAAAGAAUCUACAUGGUACAGGAUAUUGUCUCAACUGUUCAAAACAUCUUGGAGGAAUUAGCCUCUUUUGGCGAAAGAAUUAAAAACACAUUUAACUGGACGGUCCCAUUCCUUUCAUUCCUGGCCUGUUUGAUACUGGCAGUUGCCACCAUCACAUUGUAUUUCAUUCCACUCCGGUACAUCAUUUUAAUCUGGGGCAUAAACAAAUUCACUAAGAAGCUUCGAAACCCCUAUGCCAUUGACAAUAAUGAGCUUCUGGACUUCCUCUCCAGGGUACCAUCUGAUGUUCAAAAGGUGCAGUACGUGGAGUUGAAGCCGGGCAGUAGCCAGAGCCCUGUUCGGAAGAAGCGCAACGCGCUCUAG